UCCCGAGAUGAGGACAUGUGUUGGAGGAGGCCGAGGGUCGGGAAAAGCGGAUGGAGAUGGUGCUUGAGCGUCCCUGAGAGAACCUGAGUGAAUAAGAGGCCUAGGCUGAAAGAAAUGGAGGCACGAAAAGCUGCGAGAGACUGAGACGGGGAGGUUCAGGGAGGAGGGAAGCUGAAAACUAGAGGCAUCGCGCAAGAAGCUGACGGAUGCCACCGAGAGAGGCUCACAGAGCCUACGAGAGAAAUGUGGUCGCACCAAGAACGUGGGAGAUGGAGGGAAGGACUGUAGUGGAAACUAGCGAACAGAAAUAGACCGAAGAGGACAAUUUAAGUGGAGGAACGAGAGGCUGAAUCAUGGGGAGAGAUCACCAAAGAAAGAUGGGCACUGUGAAAUAGGGAGAGUCCGACAAAAGCUGACGUGAGCGGGAUUGAGGGACAGAGACUGGGAGAGAGAAAGCAAGAGGUGAGAGUGGAGUGAGAUGGAUGGGAAAUGGGAGACAAAGGCAGAUACUUGGAGUAAUCCUGAGUAUGGAGAAAUGGAGAGACGUGAAGAGACUGCAGAUGGGGAAAUGGAGAGAGAGUAAAUGGAACUGAAAAGACAGUGUGAAGUUUAAAAAUGGAGGGAUAAAGCGAGGCAGUGGAGAAUCACAUUGAAAAAUAGAAGAGGAGGAGUAGUAAAGGAAGCCUGAAUCCCUAGAUUUGCAUUUCUCACCUGCCACUUACUCUUUGUUCUCUAUGUGGUUCAGUAAAAUAAUAGCAUGUUUUUAAGGUUGUGAGAAAAGUGUGUACAUAUGCAUGUAUGUAAGUGAUUUAGAAUAGUACCUGAUACGUGAGUAAGCACUAAGUAAAUGAUAGCUAUUAUCCAGUCUUUUUUAAAAUCCUCAUCCAGGGAUUUAUCUAUUGGCUAUAGCUAUCGGAUAUAUCUAUUGAUUUUAGGGAGAGAGACAGGAACAUCAAUUGGUUGUCUCUCAUAUGCCUGCUGACCAGGGAUUGAACCUGCAACCUUUUUGUGUACAGGAUGAUGCUCCAACCAACUGAGCCACCUGGCCAGGGUAGCUAUUACUCAAUCUUCAGACAAUUGUGAGACAAGAUUUUAGAUGGCGAAAUCGAGCGAGAUGAAGAGAUACUCAUGGUGGAGGAAGAGAGUGAUAGAGAAUGAAAGCUGGAGAGAGACGAAAAUGAUUUAAAAAAAUAAUCCAACAAAAUGAGAAAGUCAAACGGAGUACUAAAGAGAAAUAGUAAGAGAUUGUCAAAUAGGAAAAGAUGGAUGGACUUACAGGGAAAAAAAUCAGACUGAAGAAUACAGACAGUGGAAGAGAAUCAGAUAAAUGAAGUGAGAUGGGACCAGUGACUGAGAGAGGAAAGAGGAGAUGUGGGUGGUGAGCAAGAUGGACGGAAAAAGACAAGACACAGGAUACCAGAGGAGGAGAGAAAAGGGUGCAAAGAAGACCUGUAAAAGCCAUGAGCCUAGAAAAGAAGCCAGGAGAUGGUCAGAGGUACCGUGACAGAGAAACCAGUAGAUCCAGGAAAUUUAAAAGGGCCUGAAAAACCAGGAUACAUUUCUGUCCGUCCCAGAGGUUGCUGCAGGAGCCGUGAGGUGCCUGUGGGUCACCAGCUUGACCCAGGCCCCUGGCCACUUACCCUCCCAUCGCCUGCAGUGGCCCUUAUACCAUCCAUGAAGAGAGAACUUAGCUCUUUGAAGAGAAAGCGGUUCCUUACUGUACGUACUGGCCCCUCACUGCAGGAGGCGGGGAAUGGAUGAGAACAUUUGGUCCCCGUGAUCAGAACUGAGGCCGCUUUUGUGACAGCAGUGUGAUUAGGCCCAGCAUGCCUCCUCCCAGAACAAGGGAGGACAGGGAUCACCGGCACCGACACCGUGCUUCCAGUGAGGAGGAGGCUCCAGAGAGGUGGGACUGGAAUCGUCCAGAGAUCCGGAGUCUCUUCGAGGAUGCCUUCUUCCGGGAUGAGGAUUACAUCCGCCAGGGUUCUGAGGAGUGCCAGAAGUUCUGGACCUUCUUCGAACGCUUACAGAGGUUCCAGCACCUCAAGACCACCAGGAAGGAGGAGAAAGACCCGGGGCAGCCCAAGCACAGCAUCCCAGCACUGGCCGACCUCCCUCGCACUUACGACCCGCGUUACCGCAUCAACCUGUCUGUCCUUGGCCCUGACACUCGGGGCUCUCGGGGGCAGGGCAGGCGCCUGCCCCAGGAGAGAGUGUCCGAGUUCCGCCGAGCCCUGUUGCACUACUUGGACUUUGGCCAGAAGCAGGCAUUUGGGCGGCUGGCCAAACUGCAGCGUGAGCGGGCGGCGCUUCCCAUCGCCCAGUAUGGGCAGCGCAUCCUGAAGACACUGAAGGAGCAUCAGGUGGUGGUGGUGGCAGGUGACACGGGCUGUGGCAAGUCCACUCAGGUACCCCAGUACCUACUGGCCGCUGGCUUCAGUCACGUGGCUUGCACCCAGCCCCGGCGGAUCGCCUGCAUCUCACUGGCCAAGCGUGUUGGCUUUGAGAGCCUCAGUCAGUAUGGCUCACAGGUCGGCUACCAGAUCCGCUUUGAGAGCACGCGUUCGGCGGCCACCAAGAUUGUGUUCCUGACAGUGGGGCUGCUCCUGAGACAAAUCCAGCGGGAGCCCAGCCUGCCCCAGUACCAGGUCCUGAUCGUGGAUGAAGUCCACGAGCGCCACCUCCACAACGACUUCCUCCUGGGUGUCCUCCGGCGCCUGCUGCCCACGCGGCCUGACCUCAAGGUCAUCCUCAUGUCGGCCACCAUCAACAUCUCGCUCUUCUCCAGCUACUUCGGCCAUGCCCCCGUGGUGCAGGUGCCUGGGAGGCUCUUCCCCAUCACGGUCGUGUACCAGCCGAUUGAGGCAGAGCCGACCGUGUCCAAGUCGGAGAAGCUGGACCCGCGGCCCUUCCUGCGGGUGCUGGAGUCCAUUGACAAUAAGUACCCACCCGAGGAGCGGGGCGACCUCCUCGUCUUCCUCAGCGGCAUGGCGGAGAUCAGUGCCGUGCUCGAGGCCGCCCAGACCUACGCCAGCCACACCCAGCGCUGGGUGGUGCUGCCGCUGCACAGCGCCCUCUCUGUGGCCGACCAGGACAAGGUAUUUGAUGUGGCUCCCGCUGGAGUCCGGAAGUGCAUCCUCUCCACCAACAUCGCUGAGACCUCAGUCACCAUUGAUGGGAUCCGUUUUGUGGUAGAUUCAGGGAAGGUGAAGGAGAUGAGCUACGACCCCCAGGCCAAACUGCAGCGGCUGCAGGAGUUCUGGAUCAGUCAGGCCAGUGCGGAGCAGCGCAAAGGCCGGGCGGGCCGCACGGGCCCAGGUGUCUGCUUCCGCCUCUACGCCGAAUCGGACUACGACGCCUUCGCCCCCUACGCCGUCCCCGAGAUUCGGAGGGUAGCCCUGGACGCGCUGGUGCUGCAGAUGAAGAGCAUGAGCGUGGGAGACCCCAGAACCUUCCCCUUCAUUGAGCCCCCGCCACCAGCCAGCCUGGAGACGGCCAUCCACUACCUCCGGGACCAGGGGGCCCUGGACAGCUCAGAGGCGCUCACCCCGAUCGGGUCCCUGCUGGCCCAGCUGCCUGUGGAUGUUGUAAUUGGGAAGAUGCUCAUCCUGGGCUCCAUGUUCCACCUGGCGGAGCCUGUGCUCACCAUCGCGGCCGCCCUCAGCGUCCAGUCACCCUUCACCCGCAGCGCCCAGAGCCACCCGGAAUGUGCAGCAGCGCGGCGGCCCCUGGAGAGCGACCAGGGUGACCCCUUCACACUCUUCAAUGUCUUCAACACCUGGGUGCAGGUGAAAUCAGAACGGAGCAGAAACUCACGUAAGUGGUGCCGCCGCCGAGGCAUAGAGGAGCAUCGGCUGUAUGAGAUGGCCAACCUGCGGCGCCAGUUCAAGGAGCUGUUGAAGGACCACGGGCUGCUGGCCGGGGCACAGGCCCCAGAGCCAGGGGACAGCUACAGCCGGCUGCGGCAGCGCCGGGAGCGCCAGGCGCUGUACCAACUGAAGCGGCAGCACGAGGCGGGUGGGGGGCGCAGGCGCAAGGUGCUGCGGCUGCAAGAGGAGCAGGACGGCGGCUCCAGCGACGAGGACCGCGGCACAGCCUCCCAGGGGGCCGGCGACAGCGUGGACAUCCAGGAUGUGAAGUUUAAGCUGCGGCACAACCUGGAGCAGCUGCAGGCGGCCGCCAGCUCGGCCCAGGCGCUGACCCGGGACCAGAUGGUUCUGCUCAAGCUGGUGCUGGGCCGGGGCCUCUACCCGCAGCUCGCCAUCCCGGACCCGUUCAACAGCGGCCGCAAGGACUCGGACCAGAUUUUCCACACGCAGGCCAAGCAGGGCACCGUGCUGCACCCCACCUGCGUCUUCGCCAGCAGCCCCGAGGUGCUGCACACGCGGGAGCCGGAGGCCAGGACCAGCGAGGGGAGCCGAGACGACAGGGACAAGAUGAGCAGCAGGCACCAGCUCCUCACCUUUGUGUCCCUGCUGGAGACCAACAAGCCGUACCUGGUGAACUGUGUCCGCAUCCCCGCUCUCCAGUCUCUCCUGCUGUUCAGUCGGUCCCUGGACACCAACGGUGACUGCUCCCGCCUGGUGGCCGAUGGCUGGCUGGAGCUCCAGUUUGCCGAUAGUGAAAGUGCUGUCCGGCUCCUGGCGGCCUCCCUGCGGGUCCGGGCCCAGUGGGAAAGUGCCCUGGACCGGCAGCUGGCCCAUCAGGCCCGUCGGCGGGCGCCGCUGGAGGACGAGGAAGACGCGGAGGAGGCUCCGGUCAACCGCCAGGAGGUGGCGGCGCUGAGCAGGGAGCUGCUGCAGUUUGUGGCUUCCAAGGUUCCCUACAGCUUCCGGCGGCUCACGGGGCUGGAAGCCCAGAACCUCUAUGUGGGACCCCAGACCAUCACAACUGCCCCCAGUCUCCCCGGCCUCUUUGGCAGCUCUACCCUCUCCCCCCACCCCACCAAAGGGGGCUACGCAGUCACUGACUUCCUCACCUACAACUGCCUCACGAGCGACGCAGACCUGUACAGCGACUGCCUCCGCGCCUUCUGGACCUGCCCCCACUGCGGCCUGCACAUGCCCCUCACGCCCCUGGAGCGCAUCGCCCACGAGAACAGCUGCCCCGAGGCCCCGCGGGACGGCCCUGCAGGGGCUGAGGAAGCCACCCCGGAGCCCCAGCAGAAGACUUCGGCCCUGCAGAGGCCUUAUCACUGCGAGGCCUGUCAGAAAGACUUCCUGUUCACGCCCACCGAGGUGCUGCGGCACCGGCGGCAGCACGUGUGAGGGCGGGGCCCUGGGCUACUCCCCGCUUCCUCCCCCAUGGGGGAGGGUAUGAGCCUGCGCCCGCCCGCCCAGAGGGCAGCAGCGCCCUGUUGGCCCGCCCCAUGGUCUCGCUCUCCCGCUGGCCGAGGGGCCCUGGGACACCGAUGGCCGAGCAGGGACUUCAGAUCUCGAGGCAGGAUCUUGGCGCCCCUGCCCUUGCCGGAGUGUGUGCUCACAGCCUCUGCUUUCCCUUGAACGAGGGAGACCCUGCGCUGGCCUGUCCACGUGUGUCACUUUAAGAGGCGGCGAGGAGGGGGUGUCAGUGUCCGCGUGGGACCACGGGCUGCACGACAGGACCCUGCUGUGGGGCCCAUGGGCGGUCUCAGCCGCCCCCGCGGGACUCCCGGCCAUGCCUCCCUGUCCCUGAGGGGCCUCCUGCCUCGGCCCAGGCGCACCCCUGCGGCAGGUGUCUCCCCUGCCCUGGCAGCCAUGCCUGGGCGCCACACUCCUCCUCCGCUGCGCCCUGCC